UAUAAAAUGUCGCCACGGGUAUCGCUCCCAACCAGUCUUAAUCGGUGAACGGAGGUUCUUUCGGCUCGCUUCGCAGUCCUGUUCUUCUUUCACAGAAAGCAGAAACCAUGAAGCUCGUCGCAAUAAUUGUUCUGAUCGCUGCGGUUGUCUACGCCGCUGACGAGAAGAAGGAGGAAGAGCGACCUAAAACCUUCAAGAGGCUCAUCCCUGCGGACGUUCUCAGAGAUUUCCCAGGAAUGUGCUUUGCCUCUACAAAAUGCGCCACCUUCGAGCCUGGCAAGUCUUGGGACCUCUCGCCAUUCUGCGGACGCUCGACCUGCGUUCUCGGUGAUGAUAAUUCCGGUCGCCUCUUCGAACUGGUCGAGGAUUGCGGACCUCUGCCAAAGGCUAACCCCAAGUGCAAGCUGUCUGAAAGUACCAACAAGACCGCCAGCUUCCCCGAUUGCUGUCCAAUCUUCGAAUGCGAGGAAGGCGCUAAGUUGGAAUACCCUGAGAUUCCAACUUUGGCUACGCCUAUCGAAGGGGAGCCUGAAAAGGCUGACGUCUCCACUACUCCAAAAGCUUAAAACUCUUUUACUUUAACCUUCGACCUCGUACCGUAUGGCCUCGCUGCGAUGCGGCUUCCUAGUUCCUUCUAGAACGUCAUCAAAAUCAUGAAAAAGGAAAUACCAUUCAAGCAACACUGUUUUCAAGGGGCCUUCGUUCGUGGCAAUUUAAAUUUGAUACAGGAUGAGAUUCCGUUGUCAAUGUUGAUGGGAGACCUAUGAAAUUACAGUGAAGUGAGACAGAAACAGAGUAAGAAGAAGACAGAGACGUGCUAACACGACAAGCACGAGGAGAGGAAAAAGGAAAGAAGUAGGAGAUGAGAAAAAGUGGUCCUGAUAGAUAGACUAGUUUGGCGCUUGUAUUGUCAGGGAUUAUUAUUGAUAGGUACACGCCAUGAGGACGAGGUCGUACUGUAUUUCCAUUCACCGUUCAUGCGAUUCGAUGCUGUACAUGCUCCAGAUUUCAAUUGGUAUACUAUAUUUAUAUAAGUUCAGAAGUCGCUCUUACUUUUUUGUAGCGCAUGUCUUUUACUGAUUAAUUAAUUCAUAUACUCUACUGGAACCUCGAGAUUCGAUACAUAUAAGAAAUCUUUUGUAAUAUUUUCAUAAUUUUUUGGUAACUUUUUAAAACCAUUUUUGCAAUCGUAAAUAAGAUCGAAAAGUAUUUUUUUUAUCUCUUACUAGUCGUUGGCUGAAAAUAGAUAUUUUCUUGUGUAUCGUCUCUUACUUUUGCUAUUUUUUAUUGUGAAUGAUUAUACGUAUUUUUGAAAUAUCCAAGGUAAUACAAAAUCGUUGGAGUUCGAGAACAUAUCCCUGCGGAGGACAUUACCGCGUGUGUACUGUAAACGUGUGUGAUUGUAACUAAAUGUGAUUAAAUUAAUACUUAUUUAAUGUACAGAA